AUGAGGGGACAUAAAGUAGACUUGAGCAACCGCUGUGAUGCCACACGACGCAGCCAACGUGGCUUCUAUCAAUCCAAGUGCUGCUGGUCGACAAGUGAAUUUCAAGUCCGUGUCCUGCGAGCGGUUCGUCGCGCGGAAUGCCACGAUGGGGAUGACGGAGAGUGUUAUGUUGGCAUGCGACGCCGUGGGGGUCUGUCUGGGAUGCAGCCACUGCGGCUGGGCGUUGCAAAUGUGUACUCUGCAAAGAGAGAGAAGCAGCAAGACUGCGUAAUGUGGUUCUACGGUAGUAGUUCUUGCAACGUUGACUAG